GUAAAAACUCAUUAGACGCUUGCCUUGUGAUUCCCAUUUGCUUCCCAAUCCAUUUCGAAUCAACACGAUGAAGCUGAGACUCAGAUCUUUGGAAUCCAAAGAAACCCUAAAAAUCGAAGUUCCCAAUUCGUGUUCUCUGAAGCAACUCAGAGACAUAAUUUCUCGUGCCAUUUCUUCUACUUCUUCUUCUUCUUCUUCUCUGCAUCUCUCCCUCAAUAGAAAGGACGAAAUUGGCCUCUCGUCGCCGCAUAAGUCCCUGGACUCCAUCGGCAUCAUUGGCGGCGACCUCGUCUUCUACACCCUCAACCCUAACGCUUUCUCCCACAAAACCCUACUUCACAAACCCACCCCACAAGAAGAAACCAAUUCCUCUGACGUAUCCACGAUUCAAGACUCGCCGUCGAUCGACAUGAGCGAUGCUCCUUCAAUCCCAGCCGCAGAAAAGUCUCCGACUUUGGAUGCUGCAGAGGCGGAAACCAUGGAUAUGGUUGAUGGGUCUGAUGAGGCGGUGUUGGGGAGGAGCGAUUCCGAGCCUUCAUUUAUGAAAAGGGUGGUCAGAGAAGUUCUUGGAACUGAUGUUACCGAUUUGAAGCUAUUAGUCUUUGCGGUUCAUGCUGUUAUUCUGGAAUCUGGGUUUGUUCGUGCGGAUCAGGUUUCGGGUGUGGCGGUUAGUGGCUCCCAUCUUCUUGAUGACUGGCCUUCUGGGUCAUCUUCGAUGAUAUCUUUGAGGUAUACACUGCCUGAGAUUCUGAAUAGUGGUGCCUCUCAAACUGUGAAUUUGAAAUUUCAGACCUUGGGGCAUCUUGUGAAUGUUUGUGGGUCUUUGUCUGAUGAUGCUGGCUCGAGGUUGCAUGUGGUUCAUUUAGAUAAAUGUAAAUUUGCCCGGCCUGUAAAGUUGAUGCUGGCAAAUUCUGAAUCCAAGGCUAGCUUUAAUGAUGGGGGAGAUGAUGAAUGUGGAAAACAAGUUUUUGAAUUGUGGAAGAUGGUGAAAGAUAGGCUUGCAUUGCCACUCUUAAUUGAUCUUUGUGAGAAGGCUGGAUUGGAUCUUCCACCUUGUUUUAUGCGCCUACCAAUGGAACUUAAGCUCAUGAUUUUGGAGCAUCUCCCUGGUGUUGAUUUGGCCAAAGUGGCUUGCACGUGUUCAGAAUUGCGAUAUUUGUCCUCCAGCAAUGAGUUGUGGGAGCAUAAGUUUGAGGAGGAGUUUGGAGGAAUGAAGAUUAAAGGAAGGUUAUUCAAGGAUUUGUUUGCUCUACAAUGGGAAACAAAGAAGAAAUCAGAGCGAGGGCUUCCUCUUCGACAAUAUGGAAGAUAUUUCUCAAGGAGAAGAGAUCCCAUUCCUUAUGGAAUACAUCCAAUUUGGGGUGGAGAAUAUGGUCGAGCAUCCUCUGGAUACCUACCGAGGUGGACUUACCUUCCCCAAUGUCAUUUGGGAGGAGAAUUCCAUAGAUAAUCUGCUGACCUGAGUUCUCAUCAUCAAUAAUAUGCAUUGCUGGGUAUGAAACCUAAUCAUUGGCAAUAGUUCGCCUAUUUUCUUCUUCUUUGUGUGGAACAGACCUUGCUAGAGUGAACACCCUAUUAUAAUCUUUGCUUAUUUUUUUUGGCAUAUUAUAAUCUUUGCUUUUUGUCUUUGGUUCCAGUUUCCUCUGUUAAUGCUUAGGUAAAACCAAAUUCUGUUUCAGCAUAUAAGAAUAAUUUUCUCCAAGAAUGUAUAGAACUACAUGUUUUUGCUGUGUGCAUAAUGUAUAUAUUAUUAUGAAUAUGAAGCGAGUUUUUAUAGCUGUGCCAGUGGUAUGGUGGGCCCUGAAUUUUGACCUCGGCCCAUCUGUGAUAU